GCACAUCUGUCGCUCUUGUCAGUUAGAGGAGCAGAAGGAUGGAAGCUCAUCCACAGUGCAGAGUGUGAAGCAGCUCAGUAAUCAGACUGAUGUAAUGGAGCUCUGCUGUGCUCUGCAGCCUGACUCUACCUGGGAUGGACCAAACUGAGCCUGGAUUUACCUUUACCUGGACUGGACUGAGUGCGGAAACAGAGAAUUAUUAUUACAAGUCAUAUAUUCUCUAAAGGCAGAAUGUCUGAGAUGGAUGAGUCUACGGUAAAAGGCGUGUCAGACCUGGAGUUGGUCACUUCAGUCCCUCAGAAGAAUCCAGGGCCUAUGAUUGGUGGGCUGCGUCUGCGUUCGGCUCCUGGAGCUUGCGUGCUUUUCGCUGGUGUGCUGUUGCUUGUAGGAAUAGGUGUGGCUGUGGGCGGCUACUGGCCUCAUCGUACCCGGAGACCACCGUCACACCACACCCCGACUGGCCGAACAGCUGCUGAGAAACUCAGACUGGUUGGUCCCAUCAUCAUGGGAGUGGGCUUGUUCAUUUUCAUCUGUGCCAACACACUCCUGUAUGAGAACAGAGACCGGGACUGGGAUCGGGACCGGAACCAGGACCAGAACCAGGACCAGAACCAAAGGCUGAAUGCAGAAAACCAAGACAUUCCUUUAUCUAUUGAGUGGGAAAGGCCUCUAGACACCAACUCAACGACAUACCCAGAGAUAGAACCAACUAUCAGCAGGGACGCACUGACGCUGUCAGAGCUCAACAUCCACUGCUUGCAGGAACAGAUGGCCAUUCCUACUCUAAAGUGCUCUUCCCCCUCCGACUCGUCCAACUCCAGCCAGGAUAACUUUGACCUGGACAGGGCGUCUCCUCCCCCAGAUAGCAGAGCCAUAGUUACACUGACCCUUCCGGUCAUCAAGCUCAACAACUGCCUUAUAAGCUGCCCAGAAGCUCCACCCCUUCCAGAGAGAACUUACCGCACAAGUGUUACAGUGGCCACAGUGACAAAAGUGGGACUGGCACAAAUAGAGCAUUCCACUUCCGCUCUAAUGAAGGAAUCUAGUUACAGAGAGGUUGAGGAUCGGUAGGCACCAAAAAAAGGAAUGGUGAAAUAUCUGACCACGCCUGAAAGUUCUCCUCCACCUUCUUUUAAACUUUCUGUUUCCUGUUAUAAAGCUUUCACAUUUCACCACAAUUUCCUGCCUAUUCUUUGUGGCUUCACAUCUUCUGCUUAGUACCUUCAGAAGAAGGCUGCUGGCCUUCAGAACUUUCAUUUAACUGAGAUGAGAACAUCAUGGCCUGAUCAGAAACAUGCAAAAAGAUGGAAUGACCAGUAAUUACCAGUAAUGCUAACAUUGCCUUCUGUGUGAGUGUGUCUGUAUAUUACAUGCAAUGAAUAUAGAACACAAUGUAGACACCUACAUUGUCUAUGAACAUCUUUGCAGCAAAAUACAGUAGGUGUAAUAUUUCCAGUGCCAAAAGAAAUAUCAUAUUUCAUAAGGCCUAAGCUGGUAUUUGAUCAAGGUCAAGGUCAUUGAAAAGCUGGUUACCCAGGCAAAAACAUAGUCUAUACUAACCAGCUCCUGAGAGCAUAAUGUAUGUUUCAUUUGAUUCUGGGCUUCUUGGUCACGCUGGUCGACCACCUUGGUCUUGCAGAAUCAUCAAAUUUAACCCAAAAAGCAUGCCCUGUGCUAAUCAAGCUGUUAAACUAGCAAUAUAUGUUUUUUCAGAAGAGUUAAAACAUUUACAACAAUAAUCGUAAAAUUGCAUUUUCAUGGGACAAACCAAAAACUAUGUUCUAAACUUCCUAUGUAGGCUAAUGUUAAAGACAUUUAAUUCCAUAACGAGAGUCUAAAGCCCUAUUUGGAUGGGAUUAGUUUCUCAGGGGGACGUCUGUGAAAAAUGUUUCACACUUCUACUCAGUGAUAAAACUCUUGCAUCCGGACUGCAAUUGAAAAAACAGGAGGACCAGUUUUUCUAAACCUAAUUAACUGAGACUGGUAAUUUUUAUAUAUAUAUAUAUAUUUUGGCUUUCUUGGUCACGUGACAUCUCUUUCAGUAGCUCCUCCAUUUCCACUUGCUGUUGUGUUUACGUGGAUCUCCAUGGAAACGCGCGCCUAAAGUGUAAUGACAGUGCAUGGCAGUGGACAAAUAGCUAUUUAAUUAAACAGGAGAUGACGAAACUCAGAGAUGUGCGUCCGGAUGGGACUUAAAAUACCGGAGGACCACGGAGUUCAGCGAAAAACUGUAGUGGACGUCUGAGAAAAACACGUACAUGGUCAUUCUGUAUGUAAAUAAAAUCACAGAGGACCCUCCAUAAAAGAGAAAAUUACCCCAGGAACCCCUGAGAAACGAAUCCCAUCCGGAUAGGGCUUUAGAUAACUAAGAUAAAAAAUUAUAUGUAAGUUAUUUUUUUUGUUUUUGCUUUUCUAUGUACACAGAAUAUACUUUCUGUUUUGGACAAC